UCUCAACAACUUCCUUGCGUCCGCCACGCGGGAAACACAUUUCUUUCCCGGCUCUCCCUUCGUUCGACAUCUCCUUGCUUGCUUUGGUCCCACAUAGCGUUGAUACAGCGAUGUACCAAAGACAGCACUUCUGCUGGAAAUGAGGAUAGCUCCUUCUUUGCUCGCACAGCAACAUCUUCGAUGCCUCCAGGAUGAAUCGUCAAGAGCGAAGCCCAGAUGAUACUCAGGUCGCCCGAGAAGAAGUCAAACCGGUGCACAAUUGGAAGCCUAUAAGCCUCAGGCUUCCGUUCCUCCAAUUCAUGUUGUUAGCGACCAUUUCUACGAUCAUCAUUCUGCAAUCGCUCCUCUACAAGAGCCAGACACAGGGUGGAAUUCUGUUCGCUCCCAGCAUCGACGAGUUGUCUUUGAGCGUGACCUUCGGCUAUCGCUAUGCCCCCACCGUUAUAGCAGUCAUUUACGGCUUUCUUUGGAGUUGGAUUGAUCAUGACACCAAACGCAUGGAGCCUUACUUCCAGCUUUGCAGCCCUGGUGGUGCAUCAGCAGAAGAAAUUCUCCUACUGCAGUACCCACUUGACUUCAUAGCGUUCGUACCUUUUCGGGCCGCUAGAAGGAAACAUUGGUCCGUCUUCUCGGCUGCGUCUGCUAGCAUUAUCGUCUCCUGGACCCUGGUACCUCUCCAAGCCGCUAUCUUCGCGACUGAGAACCAAACGCACGCACAGGUCCUCGUACUCUUGCCUGGAUUCACAUAUGCAGUAGAAGCUUUAUUAGUCCUGAUUGCACUCUGCAACAUGUCUGUCAUACACUUCAGUGUGACGAGGAAGUGUAAUUUCCAAUCUGACCCAUCAGCCAUAAUUUCACACAUGUCCGCCACGAGCGAAGACGCCGAACUACUUGCUCUUUUCGAUGACUUGAUCAAUAGACCCUCUGAAGACUUACACACAGCGUUGAUGGGCUCAGUGUUCUCGAUGAACAACGAUGGCAAACUCGAGCUCCAGUCUGCACCUACGUUGAAUCACAGUUCUGGACAAAAAGCAAAACAGACUUUGCAGUCUGACAAAGGUCAUCCACCAGAGCUUCAGUGGUACAGCGGCGUUCUCUUCCUAGCGAUUCAGCUUGCAUGCAUAGCCGUGCUUGGAUUCCUAUUCCAUCAAGCGAGAGCGGGCAGUGGGCUUCCGUUGCCAUCGAUCAGUCGCUUCAUGCGACAGAUCCUCCAGAACUGCAUUCCAGUGACCCUAUCGGCUUGUCUUGAGUCCGUCUGGGUCCUUCUCACACGGCAUUUGUGCGAGCUGCAAACCUCGACGGAGUUGCGAAGGGGCAAGGUAACUAGCAUGAAAUCAGUAAAUCCGGCAUACAUGAGUCUUCCUCCUCAAUUGGCUAUCUUUGAGGCCCUUCGAGCAGGCCACUUCAUGCUGAGCCUUCUGGCAUUUGUGGCAACGCUAGCCAGCGUUCUGACAGUCAUUUCAUCGAGACUUUUCUUCGAACACACAGUCAGAUUAGACAUCGAGACCAUGCUCCGACCGUUGUUGUCUUUACCCUUCCGAGAUCUGAACGAGACAGCGCCAAAUAGCAAGUCUUCGAAGCAAAGUGGAAGCACGCAAGAUGAGUUCCAUAUUGCGUUGUACAACGCGAUGGAUUUGUCUGGACUUCCGUCCUGGACUGAUCCUGAUCGGUUCUACUUCCCGAUCACGUUUACCGAAAAUACACAAUCCAACGUCGACUAUACCGUUACAACAGACUAUUUUGGAGCAAGUCUAGGAUGCCACGAGUUCUCAAAUCAUACAAUGAGGGACUUCGAAGACGAAAUCGGGAAUCCAGCUCGUCAGCUUGAGUUCAACAUCGCUCAGCUGGAUGGUUCAAUCGCAGUCUGCUCGAUACCAUCGCCCACUGAAGCUCCUAAAAACGUGUCUGGAAGCAGCAGCCUUGAACUCGCAGCGGUCGCUGAAGGCUCAGACUUCUGCCGGCAAAAUGUGGUAGCAGGUUGGUGGCGAGGCUACGCAUUAGACCAAGAGGUCGAGGUCACUAACAAGACCUUGAUGCUUUGCAAUCCAAUGCUAGUCACCGGAUCCGCACAAGUCAACAUCAGUAGCACCGGCCGCGUGCAACGCCCGAAAGUGCUCUCAAGUGUCAACGGUUCGCUGCCAGAGUACUUCACCACUCAUCCUAGCGAUCUGAUAUUACAAGCUCACCAUUACAUCAUCGAUAAAAGCGGCAUUUGGCACAACGACAAUUCCUCCUCCGACUGGCUGAAUCGCCUUAUGGCCGAGACUUUCGUCGACAAUCGCUUCCUAGAUCCAAACUUACCACCUCCCACAUUCAGUCAAGCAGUCACCAUCUUCUGCGCCAUGUACAACAAAUUGCUUGCUAUUUUCCUUGCGCACAACAAAGAUCUACUCUUCACUCCAUCUGGACCUACAAAUCCACUAUUGCCUGUCGUUCAGCACUCUUUCGAGACCCGCAUCUUCCUUUCCACUUCUGCGUUCAUCAUUGCACAAAUCAUAUUGGGCAUCUAUGCCUUUACGACGAUCUUCCUCUACAUCCGCAGACCAUGGUGGAAUACCCCCCAUCCUCCGACUUCCAUCGCAUCCACUAUUGCGUUGUUGGCAGCUAGCCAUGCAGUCAAAGAGCCCCUGAACACCUCCAACGAAGAUCCCUAAGAGGGAGGAACAAGUGCGAGGCAUAAAACGAGAGAGCACCAGGUACCGAACGGCAAACAAGCAUUUAAGGAAACAGUCUGGAGGAUUAGCUUAGCAAAAAGUAUUGAAGUUGAAGG